GAUCCGCCCCGUGGUUACCGAAGCUGGAAUAUGCUGGUCAAUGACGAAUUUAUUCGAAUUCUUCAUGGCAAUACGCAAUGAUUCUGAUCAUAAAUUCGAAAAAAAUUAUCGUCUCACGAGAAUUAUAUGUCGAUCAACUCGAGAAUGCGAACUACCUAUAGAGUAUACCCAUCCUGCUGAAAAAGCAAUGAUUGUAUACAUAUAACACAUUUUUCAAUAUUUUCAUGAUCUCUAUUCGAAAAACACAUUUUUUCCACAAGUAUUUUCAUAGCUCAAACGACAUCCUCAAUAUGGUAAAAUCACCCAAAUCCGAAUGGAAUCCUGUCACUGGCAUGGUCCAAUUUUUUAUUGAUUUCAAUGAAGUGGUCACAAGCAAUCGAUCUAAAAUGUUCGGGAUUGAAAGCCGCAAGUGCCGAUUUGACACAGAAACUACUUCCGACCGAAGCUACCCAUUGGGAUUGUAUACACAAAAUCUGUGUUUGAUGGAGUGCAGCGUUGAUGCAGCAAUCAAUCUUUGUGGAUGUCAACCAUUCUUCUACAAAAUUGGUCUUUUAUUAUUGAACACUUUAAAUCAUACAAUAAUUUAUUCGAUAUGAUUUUUUCAGGUGAUGGGCCAAUAUGCAACAUAUCUGGAAUGUAACGAACUGUCGCAAUUAUUAAACAAAUAAAUAUAUAACAUAUUCUUCCAAUACCACCAGAUUGAUUGGUUUGAGAAUAGAAAUAUGCUUGUAUACAUAUUCUAGACAAGAUUAGCUAGGUGGCAUGCAGUGCACCUGCACAUGAACACAUCUACUAAUGCACGGUCGCCCGUCGCUAUGCUUGUCUAGAAUAUGUAUACAUUUAUUCUAUUCUCAAACCAAUCUCUGAAUACCAUAGGAUUUGCUUAUCAAAAAGUCAUUGGAACGAGAGUCGGAAUGACUGUCCCUGCUUGCCACAGUGUAAUUCAAUCGACUAUUCAUUCACACGUUCUUUUACUCCGCAUAAUCUUUAUCGUUACAUCGGUAUAACACCUCGCGUUUCAAAAACAAGACUGAAACGAGAUCUCAAAUUCGGUAUUCAUUAUUUGAUUGGUGAGUGGUAUUUUAUAUUCUCAUCCUCUGUUUCUGGACAAUAUUCUUCAACAAAGUGAAGUGGUACAUAUUCAGCGAUCAAUUCACUAACGGCAUCUAUACAGAUUGAUUUGGAAGCAUAAGUAAAUGCUUUCGUCAUAAGGUUUACACAAAUGUUGCAAAUGACAUUUUGAACGUCAUUCAUGAUUCAAGUUAAUGAACUGCUGAUAGGGACAAAAGCAUUGCAAACUGAACGCUGAACGGUUCUGAAUUGGCUGAAUAUAUUAACAUUGCGCUUCACUUUUUUGAUAUUUUUUUGUCAUAAAAUUCCACUCUUCCUUCUAAAAAAAAGUGUCGAUCGGUGGAGCUGCGGCAUUGUUCCUUGGAUGCAGUUUCAUAAGCUUCAUUGAACCCAUCUACUUUGUCGCCGAACAUUUGUAUAGGAAACAUUUUGGCAAGGUCAAUCUAAUCGUUGUAAGACCGAUUGAAUCUGGUAUGGAUGACCAUAACGCUGGGGGCAAGACACGCCAUAACGGGAAUACAAGUGCUCACACUCGAUGUGCUAUCAUGGCCACAAAAUUCGCAAAACGAUUCUAUUACUUUGUAAACAACAGUGGCUUACAUGGCAUCCGAUUUUUGGAUCGUCGAUACGGAUUAAUUGAUCGAGCAUUUUGGAUAUGCGUCCUGAUUGCAUCGAUCAUCGCAAUGACUGUUGUUUUUGUGUACACAUUGAAUGACUACGUGGAUAGUCCAGUUGUUAUCAAUGUGGAUCCAAUUAUCUCAAAUAACAACACUGUAUUUCCAGCCGUUUCUUUUUGCACUGCGAAAUAUCUUACCACCAAUAAGAGAGUCUUUGAUAUAAGUACAGAGCGAGUUGUAAAAUUUGUCAGAAAAUAUUACGCAGAACACAACAUUGAAGAGCCACAACAAGAAAACUUCUACGAUCAACUUAUGAGCUACGCCUAUGAAUUUCAUACGUAUGACCGAGAAAAUGGAUUCAUAGAAUUACCACUAUGUAAUGCAACCAACACCACCUGUGGCGUUGAUAUCGAAACUAUAAAGCAACUGUUGUUUCCGCAUUGCAAUGAAUUGAUUUACAACAUUCAGUUCAACGGCAAACGUUACAAUAAUUGUAGUGAUCUAUUCAAGCGCCACCUAGUUUAUGGCGAAGGCGUGUGCUUUACAGUCAACUCGAUCAAUUUCUAUGAUUUGGAUUGGGACCAAUUGCCAUUAAUUUACAAUAGAAACCAAGGAAGCAGUAAAUUCACUUUUGACCUAAUCCAGAAAAGGGGCUAUGGAAUUAAUAUUUAUUUUCAUAGUCCGAACGAAUUACCAAACCAAAAUGGUUGGGCUGCUCUAAAUAUUGAUGUAAAUGCGGAUCUGGAGUUCAUAUUGAAAACAUCACAGGUAGAAAAUGAUAUGAAUGUACGGGACUUAUCAAUUGAUGAGCGGCAAUGUCGAUUCCCAGACGAGCGUUGGCCUUUGGAUGCAUCUCUUCCGUACAGUUUUUCCUCGUGCAUGAUUUAUACUCGAGUUCAAAUUGAGCUAGAGCGCUGCAAUUGCACAAUACACUUUGCACCAAUCGAAUACAAAAAUCAGUACUGCAAUUACGAACAGAUGAAAUGCAUUGAAAAACAAGAAACCGACCGAUUAGCGUUUGACCAUCAUCAGUACAUCAAGCCAUGUCUUUCUGCCUGUAAAGAAGUGCAUGUUGAUUUUGUCGGAGAUUAUAAAAAGAAAAGAGCCAUCGGCUACAGACCAGUUAGCGCGAAUGAUUUAACGUUAAGAACUGCGUCAGUGUCCAUUGAAGUAAAUAGUAAACCGAAACAAUUGACUCGUUCAGCGCGCCUUACAGACCUUGACUUAGUCAUCACCGUCGGUAGUAUCAUCGGUAUAUUUUUCGGUGCAUCGCUUUUGAGUUUGUUCGAAAUCAUUCAUCUUUGGGUUUUGCAUUGAUUUUAAAUCAUUUGAUUAAUUUUUGCUGAAUUUUUGAGGAUUUGUCACCAUCUAAGUUAUGCUAACACCGAUCUGUGUAAAAAAAUUUAUUACAUUUUAAGCUUUUAAAUUGAGAAUACUACUAGUAAGUUACUUUUAACAAUCAAAAUACCUAAAUUGGUUAUAAUGAAAGCAAAUCUGUCGAAAAUA